AUGGAGACACUGAGGAGGCUGCAAACAAGGUGGGGCUAUCCCACAGGUCUGCUGUGUGUCUAUGGGUUCUUCACUACUGUGAAACCACUGGAGCCCUUCCUCAUCCCAUACCUGACGGGCCCAGACAAGAACCUCACAACAGAACAGGUGACCAAUGAGAUCUUCCCGGUGUGGACGUACUCCUUUCUGGUAAUCCUGUUGCCCGUCUUCGUUCUGACGGACUAUCUGCGCUAUAAACCUGUCAUCGUGUUCCAGUGCGUCAACCUGUUCAUUACCACGGCUAUGCUGCUGUGGGCUCAGGGCGUGGCGGCCAUGCAGGCCAUGCAGUUCUUCUACGGUGUGGUGACGGCCAGCGAGGUGGCCUACUUCUCGUACAUCUACAGUGUGGUCGACCUGCGCUUCUACCGGAGAGCAACCUCCUACUGUCGCAGCAUUCAGCUGGUGGGCUAUACUGUGGGGUCUGUCCUGGGCCAGGUGCUGGUCAGUUUUAGCCUCAUGUCUUACUACAACAUCUUGGUCCUGACCGAAGUGCUGACCAGUAUCGCCUUAGUAGCUUCCUUCUUUCUGCCCAUGCCAGAGAAGAGCAUGUUCUUCCACCAGCAACACAGCAAGGCGGCGACACCCACAGUGUCCCCUACAGCCACGCAUACAGACACCGGUCCAGUUGGAGGGGAGGGAGAGGAAGACACAGGGGGAAACAGAUCUCCAGUGGGGGAAGCAGGAGGGGAGGUCUCUGAGGAGGGGGGGGAAGGGAGGGUGGAGGUUUCCCACAAAGGGGACACAGGGGGCUGCUGUGAGGUCAUACUUCUCUUGUGGAGGGACUGUCUACAAUGUUACUCCAAGCCACUGCUCUACUGGUCAGUGUGGUGGGCUAUGGCCACCUGCGGAUACAACCAGACAGUCAACUACGUGCAGGUCCUGUGGGAGCAUGUGGAGCCAUCGCAGAACUUCACUGUCUACAAUGGUGGGGUGGAGGCCGUGUCCAACUUGUUUGGGGCGGCCUCGGCAUAUGCCAUCGGCUUCACCCAGGUGAACUGGGCGGCAUGGGGUGAGCUGGCCCUGGGAACCUUCUCUGCCCUGAUUGCAGCUUCCCUUUUUCUCAUGACCUUCAUUGGCUCCAUCUGGGUGUGCUACGCCAGCUAUGUCAUCUUCAAGAGUCUGUACAUGCUGCUCAUCACCAUAGCAAUGUUCCAGAUAGCCGCCGAGCUGUCCAUGGAGAGAUAUGCUCUGAUCUUUGGGGUCAACACCUUUGGUGCCUUGGUGCUUCAGACUGUUCUCACAGCAGUGGUGGUGGACGGCCGUGGACUCGGCCUGGACAUCAUACCACAGUUCACCAUUUAUGGAAGUUACUUCUCCGUCAUCGCUGCUGUGUUCCUCCUGAGGGGCAUAUACACCCAGAUGAGGGACCACAGAGGCCACACCCUCAAGUCACACGUAGGAGGAGAGAGUACCUGCCCUGAAACUGACACUUGCCCAGGACACAAAUUUUAA